CCCUACGAUCCUCCAUAGCAUCUGCCAGUAGGAAGCAGUAGUAUGUAGAGAUGUGGUCAAUAAUUAUUUUCGCAUUAUGCUACGUACUCAAGUUCUUUACAGCGGCGAUUUCAAACGAUGGAGGCUUUUACAUUAUGUUGGUGCCCACAAUUGUUCAUGAACAUUCUACGGCCACGAUCGCUCUAUCCACCAUGGGAUUUGAUAAGGAUGAGAAAUAUCAAGUAGAAUUAAGGAAAACACAACUAACUGAUGAUGGGAAUACCAAGAUCCGAAAUGUGGAAAUCAGCCAAGGUAGUGACACAAAAUUAGUUCACUUUGAGGUUCCAGCACUCGAAAAUGUGCCGCAUCAUAUUGCAGCACACUUUCCUGGAAAAAAGGUUGAAGAAUUCAAUGUGAAGGUUAAGAAGCGUCCAAUAAUGGUCUUAAUUCAAACCGACAAACCUAUAUACAAGCCAGGCGAUACAGUCAAAUUUCGGGUACUGGUGCUCAACCACUUGACAAGGCCGAUUGAUACUUUAAAAAGUGUAAACGUGCAACUAAGAGAUGGUGAUGGAAACCUUAUAAGAGAAUGGCCUUAUGCGAAACUGCGUAACGGUGUGUUUCAAUCGCAGAUAGAUUUGGCAUACUUCAUACCUCUUGGCCGAUGGACAUUCAAAGUUCAAGCGCUCAAUACUGCAGUUCAAGAUAAAACUUUUGACGUUGCCGAGUAUGUGCUGCCACUGCACGAAAUCCGUAUCAGGACCUCAAAAAGAGUUGUAUUCAAAGAUGAAUUUCUGGAACUAAUAAUAGAUGCCCAAUACACAUUCGGAAAACCAAUUAAGGGUGUCGUGUUUCUAAAUUUCGGUAAAAUUGUUUACCCUACAGCAAUACAACUCAAUGGUCACGCAGUAGAAAAGAUUCCCAUGAAUGCUCUAGUCAGUGCAAAGGAUUUCAGUGACGAUGAAUACCGACUACCAGUCAAUGUCAAAAUUGAAGAAGCUUCAUCCGGACGAGUUUACGAAACAAGUGAAACUAUUCCAAUACACACCCAAUCGCAUAAAAUAACGCUCAGAAAAUCCUCGGAAUACCUUCUGCAAGAAGAGUCAAUCCGAUUUUGGCUAACGCUCACCGAUCCGGAUGGAGAACCUCUCGCGAAUCCUAGCACUAUGACUAUAAAUGUAACGCAAUUCUCGUUCAAUAAGCAUCAGACUUUCGAAGAAUUACCGGAUGCGGAUGGUGUAGUGAGCCUAAUGAUCGAUUCGUCCAACACAACUGAUCGAAUUGAACUUGAAGUCACCUACGAUGGGGAGAAGACCAAAUUUGAAGUUCUCCGUGAGAAAGACAAUGAUAGGGCUUUCCUCAAAGCAUCUUUAUUGGCAGUUAAGCCAAUGCUGCAUCAAAAUGUUGAAGUUUUGGUACAAAGUUCUUUUCGCAUGAAUCUCCUGUUGUAUCACGUGAUCUCUCAAGGAGAAAUUAUGGCCAGCGGAAGGGUGAAUGUGGACAGAAAACGAACUGCAACAUUCAAUUUUACAACCAAUUUUUCAAUGGUUCCGGAAGCCAGUUUGGUUGUAUUUGCCAUCUACGAAUCAAGGUUGUGGUCUGACGUAAUAAGAUUCAAAGUGCAUGAGUUGAACAAUUUCGUUGGUAUUGAGCUAUCCAGCAACAGCACAGAACCACGGGCCAAAAUUGGUUUGACGGUUAAGUCAAAGCCAGGUUCAAUGGUAGGGCUACUGGCAGCAGAUAGAAGCUUGCUAAAACUAGGGACUGGUAAUGAUAUCACCCAAAAACUUGUUCUUGACCGGUUGGGUGAACCACGAAUUGGUGAAGACGAUGAUAUUAAGAAAUUAGGUUUCACCGUAUUAACAAAUGCGUUUUACCAAACUCAUUAUGAGUACGAUUAUUUUAUGCCGGAGAUGAGAUUUAGUUAUGAUGAUACUGUGUUCAACACCUUGGUUCGCAUUGAUCACAAUGAAGGUGCUCAAAUGAUCCGCAAAUACUUUCCAGAAACAUGGCUUUGGACGGACAUGGUACAAGUGGACGGUAGUGGAAAGCUGGACCUCAACAAUAUUGUUCCAGACACCAUAACUAGUUGGGCCAUCAGCGCCUUCGCAAUCGAUGAGGCCCAUGGACUGGGAGUUACCAAGAGUCCAGUGUCUUUGACCGUAGUAAAAGCAUUCUUCAUCACAGUUAACCUCCCGUACUCAAUCGUCAAAACGGAAACAGCCACAGUCGAAGUGUUUGUGCACAAUUACUUGGAUCGAAAGCAAACAGCUAUCGUUCGGAUACAGGUUGAAAACGGGAGCUUUGAAAUCGUCGAUGAGGCAGAUAGUGUUAUUUCAAACGCGGAGGACUCGGAAGCAGUUACCGUAGCGGAAAACAGUGUUCAAAAAGUUAUAUUUUUGCUAAAACCAACUCAAUCGGGAAAUCCUACCAUUACCAUACUGGCAAACAGUGCUGAUGCCGACGAUGCCGUGCAACGGAAUUUACGAGUUACGCCAGGUGGUUUACAGUACUUCGAAAAUACGGCGCGAUUCAUAGAGGUAGAUGACUCCUCGAUAAAGUUUUCUCCUUUCCUGCUAAUGAUUCCAAGAACGGCAACACCUGGAUCAGAAUCGAUCACGUUCUCAGUCGAAGGAGUUCUGCUGGGGAGCGCCAUUGCGAAUCUCGGUCAUAUAAUUCGAUUGCCGUCAGGAUGUGGCGAACAGAAUUUGCUGAAUCUGGUACCCAGCGUUAUUGCUUUGGAAUAUAUGAGUAAAGCUGGUACGUUAACAAACGCUAUCAAAGCCAAAGCCAUAGGUUUCCUACAGAAGGGGUAUCAAAACCAGCUGAAGUACAAGUUGCGAGACGGAUCUUUCAGCGUUUUUGGCGAAAACGAUGGACGCGGGAGUGUAUUUUUAACUGCGUUGGUUGCGAAGGUAUUUCGAUUUGCUGAAAAGCAUAUCACCGUGGACAGGGAUGUUGUUCAGAAGGCGUUUGAUUGGCUUCGCAAUAAACAAGCAAGCGAUGGACGCUUCAUAGAGACAGGGAGAAUACUCUAUAAAUCGUUACAAGGCGGACUUAAUGAAGGUGUAACGCUGACUUCUUAUAUUCUUGUUGCAUUUUUGGAGCACAAAACGCUAGCACGGAAGUAUCUUUCCGUUGUCCAGAAAGGAGCAGACUUUAUUUCAAAUCAUUACAAAUCUAUGGAAAAUGCAUAUGAUCUUGCUCUAGCAGCAUAUGUACUUCAACUCGCAAAUCAUCAUCGCAAGGAAGCCUUUUUCGACAAGUUAUUAGCACUGUCACAGAGUGACGAUGAGAAAACUCUACGCUGGUGGGAAAGCGGAUCCACAAGUAUCGAGACUACGGCGUAUGCUUUAUUGACUUACAUGAAUAGAGGAUCAUACAUAGAUGCGAAAUCCAUCAUGAAAUGGUUGGUGUCGCAACGAUACGACAAAGGGGGAUAUGACAACACGCAGAACACGUUCGUGGGAUUACAGGCACUGGCGCAGUAUUCUGGAAAAAUGUCUAUUUCGAAUCAUAAUUACGAUGUAGCAGUCUCUUACGACAAUGAGCAACAUCAAUUUCACAUGGAUUCAGUAUCUUCAUUGAACGGCCAUCAUCUAGCGAUUCCUUCACAUGUUCGUCGAAUAGAAGUCAGCGUUAAUGGCACCGGCGCUGGAGUAUUUCAAAUAGCACAUAAAUACAACAAAGAGGCCGAGGAUAAUUCACCUCGAUUCAAAAUAGAGAAAACAUUCAACAAAACCACAUUCAAGAAUGGUUUAAACAUGCAUAUUUGUGCAACUUUCCAGCCGAAAAGAAGAUUCGAGGAAACUAACAUGGUUUUGAUUGAAAUUAUGUUUCCUAGUGGUUACAUUGUUACAAAAGACUUUCAACAGCAAAUGAAAAGGAAUAAACUAGUUCGAAAAACCGAAACUGACGAUGAUGACACCAAGCUAAUAUUAUAUUUUGAUCCGCUGCAACCAAACGAGCCUGUUUGUGUAGACGUUGAAGCGUUUCAAAAAGCAAUAGUUCUAAAUCAAGCACAUGGUUGGAUCAAAGUGUAUGACUAUUAUGAUUCCACCCGCGAAGCAAUCGAAUACUUCGAUCCUGUUGUUAACUAAAUGUAAGCCUAAUAAAUGAUAAUAAAAAGAACGAAUAUUUGAUGUAAACGGCGCCAGCCUUUAGGGAGCGUUGAAGCCCAGAAUUACAUGAUAAAGAAAAUAUUAGUUUUAGUAAAGGACCCAAUCAAUAUCAAACAGACUAAAAA